GCAUAGAGAAACAGAAUACUAUGUGUCUAGCUCCAUGUGACUCAUCUCAUCUUAUGUGCUUUGCAUUACAAGUCUUGUCCUUAUUUCCUAUACCUCACAACUUUUCUUCACACACACCCACACACUCAAAAGUGUGUAUUUUCAUCCCAAUAAGGACAUUUCUUUUCCUGAAAUCUAGAUCCAAUUAAGGCUUUAAAUUCUUGGAAACGCCUCAUAAGAGAUCUCCAAAGAAAAACAAACAUAGAUUUCUGUACAUUUUCAACAUAUGGCUCGACUCCAAGAUUUCAGUCUGAAAAAGGUAUUGUUUUUGCUUCUUCUCUUGGUUUUCUUUACUUCAAAAUUCAGUUCUGCACACCAACCAAAAAGUUUUGGUAGAAGAAGAUCAGUGUUAGAGGUAGUAGAAAAAGAUGAGCCAGUUAUUAAGAAGAAAACUACUUCUACCAAACUAUCUUCCUCAAAAAAUACAACCAAGGUUAUUAAAUCCAACGCAAGUUCAUCGAAGAACCAAACCAAGCUCAUUAAAUCCAAUAUUGGUUCAACCAAGAACCAAACCAAACUUAUUAAACUUCCUUUUGAUUCUGCCAAGAACAAAACCAAGCCUAUUAAAUCCACCUCUGAUUCCAUUAAAGAUUCUAAAACCACUAUCAAAUCCCAGCUCAAGAAACUAAAUUCCACUUCAAAAACCUCAAAUUCUACUACGACAAAGACCAGUUCAAUUUCCCCCAAGAAAUCUUCAGAUUUAACCAAACUGAGCUCAUCCAAGAACAAAACAACAAAGCUCAUUACCAGUAAAGAAACCAAAACCAAAAUCCAGUUGGAAAAGAUUCUCAGUGAGUCCAAAUCCAAAAACCCAGAGAAAACCCAGCCCAAAAAAGCCCAAAAACAGUCACAGCCAAGCUGGAUAGAUCAAGAUGAUGAUGAAGAUGACUUGGUUUCUGGUUUCAGAGAUCUCCCAUCCAAGUUUCAAGAAACUCUCUUGCCAGAUUUGGAAAGAAUUUCCCAAACCUCUAAAGUUUAUCUUACAAAAUACAAUAAAGAAUUUACCAAAGGAUUCAAACCAUACGUUGGGAACAAAUAUGCUCCCAUGAUUGCCUCUAUAGCCUCAUUUGCCUUCAUUUUGAUCCCACUGGUUCUCGUUUCUCUAAUUUUCAACAGAAUCACAGCCUAUUUUUCACUUCAAAAAGUCUUGAUUUUUAUCCAAGCUUAUUUGACCAUAUAUUUCUCCAUGCUCUGCUUAUCUUCUUUGGUCACUGG